AUGAAGCUGGGUCCUGUAAAGAGGUUAGUGGCUACACUAGCCAGGGGUAUAACGAAAACUCAGAUGGACGAGAUCCUGGGAAAGUCAGAGUUCGACCCGUGGGACAGGGGGCUCGUGUCGAGCCCUGUGGACAUGCUCGUGAAGCUCAGGAGAAGGCAUAGGAACCACUCAGAGUUCCUCGAGACAUGUCUGAAACUACUGGAGAACGUGAGCGACGCCGAGCAACUCUCCGAAAACCGUACGCACCUUUAG